AUGGUGCGGCCUGUAAACUGGGUGCAGAUGGGAACUUUUAAGUUCAAUGUUGAUUGUCUUUAUUGGAAGGAAGAGCAAGCAGUAGCUCUUGGCCUAGAAGACAAACUGCCUUCUAGUCUUACUGUGGCUGAUAUAUCGUGCUUGGGAAGCCGGGACAUGAUGACCUCCAAGGAUGGCAGCCAGCAGGAAACCCAUGAGUCUCCACCACCUCCCUACUCUCGGCUGUCUCCUAAUGAUGAGCAAAAGCCACUGGAUCUAUCAGAUUCCACGUUGUCUUACACUGAAACAGAGGCUACAAACUCGCCCAACGUCACACCUGGAGACUUCUCAGACACCAGCACGUCGCCCGAUGCCGUGAAGAGGAGCCAUUGGUGCAACGUGGCCUACUGGGAGCACCGGACGCGCGUCGGCCGCCUCUACGCAGUGUACGAACAGUCUGUCAGUAUCUUUUAUGACCUACCUCAAGGAAACGGCUUCUGCCUCGGACAGCUAAACCUGGAAAACAGGAGCGAGACUGUGAGAAGGACUCGAAGUAAAAUCGGCUACGGGAUUUUACUGAGCAAAGAGCCGGACGGCGUGUGGGCCUAUAACCGCAGCGAGCACCCCAUCUUCGUCAACUCCCCGACACUGGACAUCCCCAACUGUAGGACUCUGAUCGUGCGCAAGGUGAUGCCGGGAUAUUCCAUCAAGGUGUUUGACUACGAGAAGUCCUGCCUCCUGCAGCACGUGGCCGAGCUGGAUUACGCCGACGGGCCCUACGACCCCAACAGCGUGAGGAUCAGCUUCGCCAAGGGCUGGGGGCCCUGCUACUCCAGACAGUUCAUCACGUCGUGUCCUUGUUGGCUGGAGAUUCUACUCAGUAACAGUCGGUAACAGCCUCUGAGGAGAGGAAAGAGAGAAAAAAGAGGAAAAAAAAAAUUAAAAAAAAAAAGACACAGACUAUCCCAAAUAUCAUCUACCUAGAUUUAAUAUAAAGUUUUAUAUAUUAUAUGAAAAUAUAUAUUAUACUUGUAAUUAUGGAGUCAUUUUUACAAUGUAAUUAUUUAUGUAUGGUGCAAUGUGUAUAUGGACAAAAACCAGAAAAUGCACUUUGGCUUAUAUAAUUCUUUCAAUACAGAUUUUCUUUUUUUUUUUCUAAAAAGAAAAGAAAAAUUAUACAGCAAAAAUAGGAGAAAACCCUAAUUUUGAUGUAUGGUUUUUUGAAAUAUUAUUAAUACCCAGACAAAAAGCUAAUACCAGUCACUCAUUGAUAAUAAAGUAUUCG